CGCAAGCCGUUGGCCGCCGGCCGAAAUUACGACGCCAAUCAAAAUGGACAUGGAAUCCCUGUACGACUACGACGAAGAACAGGAUUUUUAUGAAGAGAGCCCUGGAACCAGAAAGAGCGGCUAUCCCAUCGAUCAUCGAUCUAUAAAGCGCGACGUCCGAAGCAUGGGUAGCUUCCUGGGAGCAAACGGCGUUACCGAGGGCGUCAAUAUGUUUAUGGCGAUGUCGAAGUUGUUGAAGCAAGAAUUGGCCUCCGAUGCCGAGGAAGAAAGCCUGGUGCCAGCCCUUUCUGGCAGAGUCACCUCGAUACAGAAAGUACCUUCCCUAUCGGACCUAUCGGAUCCGGAAAGCUCUUUAGGUAAGUUUUUCCAAUGCAUAUCUCUUUUUAAUCAUUUUCAAGAAAUGUAAUUUUUGAAAAAUAUCAGUUGAAUAUAAACGC